AUGUCUGCAUUUUCGCGCUUUAUUGCGGCCACAUCAUCCACGUUUCCGCGCCAAUGUCUUACGGGUGGAGUCCUCUUCGCGACUGGCGAUACCAUUGCGCAACAGCUGGUUGAAAAACGUCGAUCGCACGACUUUCCUCGCACCUUGCGUCUGGCUCUCUACGGUGGCUGCGUCUUUAGCCCUCUCGCCUCGCUAUGGUUCGGUAAAGUUCUAGAACGCGUCCAAUUCGCCUCGAAACCCGCCAAUAUUGCUGCCAAAGUCGCGCUGGAUCAAGGUCUAGCCUCCCCCGCCUUCAUCGCCCUCUUCUUCGGUACUACAACACUGAUGAAUGGUGGCACCCCGCAAGAGGCCAAGAAGAAGAUCCAGGAUAAUUGGUGGCCUACCCUUAAAACAGCUUGGGGCCUUUGGAUCCCCGUACAAACCCUCAACAUGGCUCUUGUACCCCCAAUGCAGAGACUGCUGUUCGUAAACGUCGUCAGCAUUGCUUGGAACACUUUCCUCAGCAUCAAAAGUGGCGCACAACAACCAAGCGAACAAACCGAACUCACCCAGAUCAGACUAGACUAG